AUGAAUCAUUUGAAAAUUUCAUACGUGGUAUUCAUAUUAGAAAAAAAACUUUUUACCGAAAGAAAAAAAGACUUCCGUACAAAAUUUCAACGUUUUGUUCAUCUAACUAGCAAGGAAAAACCGAUCAUGAGUAGUGCUACGAAUACUGGGACACGUGUGCCAAAUUUAGAGGAAGAUCUCUAUAACAGUGGUCACCCCAAAAGGUAUCAGAGCUUUAAUGAUAAUCGAUCUGGUCAAAACUAUGCCCCUCCCGUUUCAUCGUCAAUAUCGGUUGGUACCUUCACUCGUCAAUCCUCUCGUUGUGCAACUGAAAAUUUACAACAAUCUCCACGUAUACUUGAUCAACAAACAAAGUUUGUGGUAGAUCAACUCAAAUCUUCAAUACAGAACAAAGGAAAUCAGCAGGAAAUAGACGAAUCUUUCGUAGAACGGGAACUUUCAGAAAUUAUAGCUAGACGAACAUUACAGGAAGAUGACCUCGACAAACGGCGACGAACUCUUCCAGAAGAAUUCAGGAACUGUUCUGAUGACGUCUUCAAACAAGCGUUAAUUUUUGGAUGUGAUUGUCGUAACUUUGAUAUGAUUUUAAAAGAAAAAAUUCAGAAGGAAGCUCUAUCCCCAAAACCAUUGUUCCCGAAUAGACAAACUGUGGAAAGUCUCAAAAGAACUUUCCAAACACCAGUCCCAUUCAAUUUAUUUCAAGCUGUUCUCAGCAUCAAAGGCGAUGAAAUCCAUCGUGCUGUUCGAAUGUUUUACAGUGAAGCGCAACGUUUGGUUCCUGGUUUGGAACACUACGAAAUCAAUGAUGCGCACGAACAGGUCCAAGCCAUUCGUUUAACACACUACCAAUCUGAUGAUAAACGUGUACUUCACGAUCUAAUUCAAUAUCACCGCACGUUUGACGAAGCCUACUCUUAUUUGCAAGGUCUUGCUGCACAGGACGCGACAGACUACGACAUCCAAAUGCGAUGUAUACUCCUUCAACAAAGACAACAUCCGUAUAAGCAACAUCACCAUACAAAUACAGACACUUUCGAAUAUCAGAAGUCUUAA